GUGGGUGGGAGUAGGAAGAACAUCAGAUUUGGGUGUUCAUUCCCUUCUCGGCGAGCAAAGCGUCGGGGAGUCUCGCCGUCGUGAUAUUUUGACGUGUUGACGCUUUGAGAAAUCGUCUACGUAGCAUAACACGAGCCCCGUGCAGAGCUCCCCGACGUUAACGAGGCUUUACAGACUUUGAAAGUGAAUUGAAGGAAGCAAAAACACAAACUUUAAAAAAAUGGAGUUGGAAAUCACGCAAAGAACAGUCUCCCACAAGGUGACCAAGAUCACCACGAAGGAGGAAUACUACCAGACAAAGAAGCCUCAUGAAAUGGCGAGCACCAAGCUCUUCGGCAAGGACCUGAGUCAGUAUGAGGAACUUGACAUUGAUGACAUCCUGGACCAGCUUUCCCCGGAGGAGCUGGAGAUGCUGGCCGGGGAGGUGGACCCUGAUGACUCCUUGAUCCCUCCAAGUGAACGCAACAGCUACAAGUGUGAGAAGGGACCCACAGGACCUCUAGAUCGCAAGAAGCUAAUUGACCACAUCAAUGAACAGGCCCUCAAUGAACCAGAUAGGCCAGACCUCGUGCCUUAUGUUGCCGGCACUGUCAGAGGGAAGAAGUGGGUUGCCCCGCCGCCCCCGGAGCCCCAGGAUGACGAGGAUGCCAUUGCCCAGGAGGUGGAGGUGGAUCUUGAUGAAGAGUUCUCCUCCGUCCUCAACACUGCCACAGAGGAUGAGAUUGUGGACUUGGCAGCUAUCCUGGGCUUCCACUCCAUGAUGAACCAGGAACAGUACCACGCGUCUCUGCUCAACAAGGGCCGACCGCAGGGUGUUGGCUGGGGAGGCAUUACAAAAGCCACUAAGUUCAAGCCUCUCCCUGCUGAGCCUCCCAAUGACACAGAUAUAGAGGACAGCAUUAAGAAGCUUACUGACGAUGACUCCAACUGCAAGGAUCUAAACUUCAAUAACAUUAGGAACAUUUCUGAUGAGCAGUUUAAGCGUCUCUUUGAGUCUCUGGAGAACAACACCAAGCUGGAAAGUCUAAGUAUGGCAAACGUGGGCCUCUCAGACAGACACCUGGACCCUCUCACCAACGCUCUCUCUCAAAACGCCUCUCUCAGGACGCUAAAUUUGGAGACAAACAGCAUCAGUCCCGCUGGCAUCGUGCGCAUCAUGGAGUCCAUCUCAAAAACACACGUUGUGGAAGAGAUCCGUCUUGCAAACCAGAGGUCAAGUGUGCUGGGCAACAAGAUCGAGAUGCAACUCACAGAAAUUAUUGAGCAGAAUCCAUCAAUCUUGCGCGUCGGGAUUCACUUUGAGUUCAACGACGCUCGCAACCGCGUCUCCAAACAUCUGCAGAAAAACCUUGACACCUUCCGCGUUGGUGUCAAAGUGCGCAGACCGUCGCGCAAGGUGGCCACAGAGGGAGCCAGCCUUAGCUUCGUGCUCCCCUCCUCUGACUCCCCUCUGUCCACUCCCCGCGCCUCUCCCCGACCCUACUCCCCCAACCCCCAGGAAAAACCCCAUGCAAUCCAGUCCAUUAUUGGGGAGAGGCAGACGGGCCAGGAUUAUGAUGAUGAUGAUGAGGAGAAUGAGGACUAUGAUAGUAAUGAGGAAUGAAGUUCGUGAGCUGCGUAUGGGUCAUAGAGUCAAGAGCUGUACUGUCGGCUUCCCACUCCUUCCUUCCUUCAUGCGUGUCCCUAGAGACCACGAUGAUGACGAGUACUAAGCCGUGGCCAGGAUGUCUGUUGCAUGAUGCCAUCGCAUUCUGCAAAGUUCGUUAUUACUGUUCAAUACUUAACUAGCAUCUCUAAUUUUUUUAUUACACAAAGUUUGAUUGUUUCCUUUGUUGUUCCUGGUUUAGAUUUUAAUUGACACAUCACAAUCCUUGACUCAAGCUUGGAAAUGGGUACAAUGGGUAUGGGCGUCAACACUCCCAUCCAUUGGCUCUUCACUCGACACGAUUCUUAAGUCCUAUGUACUAGUUUAAUCUGUAAUUAAUUUUUAAUUAAACUUUUUUAUACAUGCUAGAAGAGGUUGUAAAAAUUAUCACUUUUAUGUCAUGAGCACUAGUGGGCCAAGAUGCCACUGCGAUGGUAGCCUGCAGCCCCGGCCACUGCAGGGGUGGGCAAGUGUGUGGGUGUCUCCCUCCCUCCCCCCACACACACACACACACACACACACACACACACACACACACACACACACACACACACACACACACACACACACACACACACACCUGCCACUGAGCCGGAAGCUGACCCAGUCACCAAAGACUGAUAGGGUUUGUGAGCCACGCUGGGUUGUAUCAUCUUCCACGCUGGGAAGUUACUUGUAGCACGAUAGGGUUUUUUUUUAUUUAGCUUAAUUUAUUCCUGUUUGAGCAUAGUUUGUUUGCUCAAGUGAAUGAAAGUUGUGGUAGUGAAAGGUUUCAGAAGAUUGGCCACAAAGUAUCUAUAGGUAUGCUAUGUGGUGAAUAAACACCCAACAUUACAUUAUUCAACACCUGAGUAUUUCAAUGCCUGAGAGAGAGAAAGGUCCAUUUAUGAAUAUGUUAAUUGUUUAGUUUGUUAGACUCUUGAAUGAAAGACAACGUACUGUUAUACUACAACACUGACAUUUGGGACCUCGCAGCACGUCACUAGAUGGAGGAGGCGGCUUGUAUUAUGUCACGUCAGAACAAAGCUGAAACAUAAGUGGGAAUCUCACCUACACAUGUAUGCAAUGACAACACUUACUCUUUAAAGAUUAAAUGUUAAAUCACCUAAGACACACACACAGCUCAAACCUGAAUGAAUUAAUCUUUUUCAAUCUCACCAAAUUGUGUCAAAGUUGUGAAAUACUCCUUGAAGCACUGCCAGCAAUGCCAGUAAGGUGCGGCCCAUGGGGCGCCCCGCCGCCCACACAGCCGAGACCACAUUGCAUAAUAAGGGACUUGCACAAUCCAGAAAGUCACAGUGUGGCAGUACUACUUGUCCUCUCACAAGAAAAGCCCAAUUCUGACUGAAAUAAGGUAAUCUAAAGGUAACAAUUAUAAAACCAAGUGUCAUUAGGUCAGCAGGGAACUGCUGUGCUACAGGAUUAAGUGUGCUUAAUCUCUGUUGCCUGUGACAGAAUCUUUGUUCAUUGUUAAAUACACUAAAGACUUCAUGCAAGUGAUUAUUACUACUAUUACCAUUAAAGGAAAGAGAGAGAGAGAGAGAGAGAGAGAGAGAGAGUCAAGGAGCUGCAUCUGCUGUGAGUCACACAGGUUCUGUCACAGGCAAUUUUUCUAACACAUUCUGUGAUAGGGAAUGUAGUACUCCUAUAUGGUAAUUUUUUAUGCUACUGUGCUCAUUAUGAAUGAGUUUUGUAACAAAGUAUGUAUCAUGUUUAUCACGAGCAUCAUAGAAAAGACUGUUUAGUAGCAGUAUGUACAAAUAUUUAGUCCUUGUCUUUUAUUAUGCAUUUCUCACAGCUUGGCUUUUAAUGGAAAUUUUAGACUUUUCAAAUGAUCUAGGAUUCAAAUGUUACACUUAAGGAUUUACUGGACAUCUAUGGCAAGGGAACUUUGAUCAUUGUGUAUCAUGCAGCUGCUUGAGUUGGUUCCUAGUGAUAAGGAGACUAAAUUGUCAAACCCAACUCAUUGAAGAUUCCUAUGAUGUUUAUAUGACAGAAAUGUACAUAGGUAUUCAGUAAAGUUUUCUUUCCAUAGAAUAUAUGCAUCUCUUUCCCAA